AUGUCCUCUACCCCUAGUUGCACUUUUCUUGCUCAAUUCAACGCAAUUCCAUCGCUCGCCUCCGUCCACUCCAAAAAACGCGCAAAAAGUGCAGAAAUCGGAGAAGAAUCGUUUCGCCUCCCUGCAUGUUUCCCUCCAUCCUCCUACUACUACUUUCUCUCUAAUUCUCCUCACAUUUUUUCGAAAAACUGCGUCUCCAGCCAGCCAGCCCUCCCACUUCACUCCAAUCGAUGA